GCCCGCUCUAGAGCAGGUAAAAGAAGAAAGCGGGUGGACCGAGCCGUCGAUCCAGAAACUGAAUCCUCCUCCGGUAGUGCAUCAAACGACAGGGAAAAAGAUCCCAGCACAGCUUUACUAGCCGACAAGCGUGAGCCCCACCGGACGUACAAGAGAAAGAUGAACUCUCUGAUUCGCAGCCCGUAUGUCCUGCCGGAGAUACGAGGAUCCGUGAACGUUUUCAGCAAGGACACUACAAGCAGUCCCUCUGCUUCGGUUUCGUCGCCCCAACAGCGUGAAGAAGAAGAUGACUUGGAACAGCAGAUCGGAAAGGAGGAGAAGGAGCUGCACGCAAGAAUCAAUGCCUUUGUGAACAAAGACCAAAAGGAGCAAAACCAGCAACAUGGUCCCUCUGGCGGAGGUGCUGGCUCGAUGUGGUCUUCCUUCGCAGAUUCCCCGACCAUCGCGGUUUCCCUCGGUUCAAAGAACACGGUGAUGACGGGUAGUUCUGGAAUGGAAAACAAUCAUUACCAGAACGAACAGCAUCUACAAGAAUCGACCAAACGGGUUUCCAUGCUGACCGACGCAAGAAAACAGAAGCAGGUGCAAGAAAAAGCAGUUUUUCCCGCGAGUAUGGCUGAAUUGAAACUUACUCCGAAUUUAGAUCUGAUUUCCGAUAGUCACAAGCGGGCGAGCGAAAUGCUGGAGCAUUUAAAGGAGAGAAUCCCGUACCCGAUCGACGUUCUGGAAUCUCCGCCGGAUAUAUCACCCGAUUCGACGACGCGAGGAACAACCACAGGUGGUGGUUCUGUCAUCGGCAAACUCCGAUCCCCGAUUCUGCCAACGUUGCACCUCCAGCCGCUACGCGGGUUCGGUGGCAAACCGCAGAAGCGGAACAGCGUGCAGUUGGCGGAUGAGA